UGGUCGUCCAAGAUGGCCGCGCCCUGGAGCAGUGCUGCAGACGAGUUGUGUAAGCGGCUGUUUGACAGUUGAGGAGCCGCAGGUCGUGAGUUCCACCUGCAGAGAGACGGAGGAGCGAGUGACCAGGUCCCAUCAUCCUCAGAGCCGCAGACAUGAGCAAGGACGAGUUCAUACUUCCAAAGGACUUCCCUCAGCUCCGGAAUGAUACAUUCCUGCGAGCAGCGCGAGGGGAAGAAACUGAACAUGUCCCAGUCUGGUGUAUGAGACAGGCUGGUAGAUAUCUACCAGAGUUUCGUGAGUUCAGAGCAGGGAAGGAUUUCUUUGACACAUGUCGGUCGCCGGAGGCCUGCUGUGAGCUCACUCUGCAGCCUCUGAGACGUUUUCCCUUCGAUGCUGCCAUCAUCUUCUGUGACAUCCUGGUUGUCCCACAGGCCUUGGGUAUGGACGUCCAGAUGGUGCCAGGUAAAGGUCCCACAUUCCCGGAGCCCCUGAAGGAGCCAGAGGACCUGCAGAAACUUCGGGUCAAAGUGGAUGUGGCCAAGGAGCUGGGCUACGUCUUCAAAGCCAUCACACUGACCAGACACAAGAUAGAGGGCAAAGUGCCUCUCAUAGGAUUCACUGGAGCUCCGUGGACGCUGAUGUCCUACAUGAUAGAGGGCGGUGGCUCUCCCACUCACUCCAAGGCGAAGCGUUGGCUCUACAGACACCCGGAGUCCAGCCACAUGCUGCUGAAGAUGCUGACAGACGUGAUAGUGGAGUAUCUGCUGGGGCAGGUGGCCGCUGGAGCUCAGGCUCUGCAGGUGUUCGAGUCCCACGCUGGCAUCCUGGGACCCGUCGAGUUCAAAGAGUUCUCUCUGCCUUACCUCCGAGACAUCGCCCGCCGGGUCAAAGAUAGACUGAAGGAGUCGGGGCAGGAUGUUCCCAUGAUUGUGUUUGCAAAGGAUGCUCACUAUGGGUUGGAGGAUCUCUCUCAGUCUCAUUACGAGGUUGUCGGGCUGGACUGGACCAUUGACCCACGCUCAGCACGGGAGCUCACAGGAGGGAAGGUCAGCUUGCAGGGAAACAUGGACCCUUGUGCUCUCUACGCUCCAAAGGAGCGCAUCUCCGAGAUCGUGAAGAAGAUGCUGGAGGGUUUCGGCACACGGGGCUACAUCGCCAACCUGGGCCACGGCCUUUACCCCGACAUGGACCCCGAGCAUGUGGGCGCUUUCGUCGAAGCCGUUCACCUACACUCUAAAAAGAUGAAUAAACAAAUAUAAAGGGAGAUGUGUGAUCGACAAAAUCUCAUGAUGAUUGUGAUGGAAAAAUAAAUGGAUUUUUUAUUAAAAAGUAUGAAAAGUACUAAGCAUUGGGGUUUAAAUACUUAAUGGCAACAUUAAAAAGGAAACAUUUUAUCUGUUUCAGCAGGUGAGAUGAUUCUGUUACAUUUCAAGAAUGUCUGCAUUAGGCGGAUGAACUAUGGCAUACAGGAAAAACAACAAAUUAUUUAUAUGUUCUGGCACAAAAGUGAUAAAAACUGACAUGUUCAUUUACAUAAAUUCAAUAUCUUCUGAAGAUUUUCAGGAGAAAACAACAUGUUGGUUUUCUAAGACAUAUCUUUAAUAUGUUGCUCUGACCGGGAGUGGAUUAUGUGUGUGGAUUGGAGCAGGAUGAUAUUCUUACAAGUACAUGUCCUUUUAUAAAUGCAUUUUCAGUGGUAUGGGAUUGUAUUUUUAUUAAUAUUGGAUUUAUUCAAAGAGCUUUGACUUGUAGUCUUUGACCUAAAGAUGAUUUUAGUCUUAGAUUCAAGCUCACAAGGAUGUCGCUUUAGACAUGCAACACUUUCUAACCGUAAUGGCUGUAAAAGCUCAUCAGUAAAAGCUGAGCUCUUCACCAGUACGAGCCGGUUCAUGAAGUGAAAAACAUGCAUACGAAAACAAAAGCUACUGGUUUGGAGUAAGACUGACAGGCAGGGACACACUGCUGCAGUGAGACUAUCAAUUUUUAAAGAUAAAUUGUCUGCACACAGCAGUGGAUCGUUCCUGUGGCUGACAUCUUAGUGGUGAACAAAUCACCUGCUGGAUCUCAGCAUGGAGACUUUUAUUUUUACUGUUGUGGAUGGAAUAAGCUUCUAAGAAACGCACAUAAUGAGAAGGUGUGUGAUGCUUUUUACCUUAAUCUGGUUUCAUCUAUGUUUCCUUUCAUCAACUCAGACAUUGGCUUAUGAAGGGAAUCGCAGUUUAAUUAUUACAUAGAGACAGGUUUAAUAUGAAUGCAUUUUUCCUGAAUAUUAAAACAUCCACAUGUUUAUAUCAGGGUGUUUAUAUUCAGUUCAAUAACAGUCAAUUAAAUUUUUGGUGAAAUUUA